ACGCCGGGGGACCGGUGGUGCUGCGGCGGAAGGGCAACCUCAAGACCGGGGGACUGGGGGGACUGCGGCUCCCCCGACGGGUGAGCUUUGACCCCCUCGCCCUGCUGCUGGACGCCUCCUUGGAGGGGGAGCUGGAGCUGGUCAAGCGCACCGCCAUGGAGGUAUCUAACCCCUCGGCGGCCAACGACGAAGGCAUCACGGCGCUGCACAACGCCAUCUGCGCGGGGCACCUGGACAUCGUGACGUUCCUCGUGACGUUCGGCUGCGACGUCAACGCCCAGGACAGCGACGGCUGGACGCCGCUACACUGCGCUGCGUCCUGCAACAACCU